GGCACCGGGGGUGAGCGGGGGCACGGCCGGAGGGUCCCGGGGCACCCCGGGGUGGGGCAGGGCUGUGGAGUUGUGGUUUGGCUCUGGAACGAGGUUUUGGAGGGGUCCCGUUUGCUGGGGCAUCUUUGGGAGGGGGAUUUUGGGGGUGUUUAUGCUGUAAGGGGAAAGGGGGUUUAACCCCUCGCCAUGUCUGGGGUCGUUGUAUGAGGUGGAUUUGAACUCGGUGUGUUUAGGGUAGUUCUAAAAAGGAGUUUUGGGAGGGUUUAAACUUCCCUGCCCCCCCAUUUAGGAUAGUUCUACAAGGGAGUUUGGGGGGGUUGGCCCCCAUUUGGGGCAGCCCUGUAAAGGGGUUUUAAGAGGGUUUGGCUCCCUUCUCGUUCCGGGUCUCCGUUUAAACCCUCCCCAGUUCCAUUUAGAAUAACUCUUUUAGGGGGAGUUUGUAGUGGGCUCAAACACCCCCCUAUUUAGGGGAGUUUGGGGGGGUUAAACUCCCUCUUUCCCUUAUCCAGUUAUCCAGGAUAACUCCCUUAUCCUCCUUAUCCAAGUGGGUUUUGGGAGAGUUUUAAACUUCCCCCAUUUAGGGUCUGGUGGGAUUUAACAUCCCCCUACCUGGCAGGGGGGGAUAGCUUUACAAAAGGGGUUUGUUUCCCUUCUUUUCCCUAAAUUAUUUCUAUUCGGAGGGAAGCUGUGGGCUCACAUCUGGCCAGAUGUUGAGGGCAGGGGGCUUUGCAAGAGAACAGAGCAGGGUUUAGGAGGGGUUUCAGCCCCUAAUUAGGACAGGGCUGGGAUCUGGACCCCGGAGGGGUCACCGAGCCCCCAAACCCCCCCCUGUGAGCUCAAGCAGGAGCCCCCCAGCUCCAGCCCCCCAUUCCCAGCCUGUGGAUGUCGCAUCCCUGGAGAUGAUGCCCCCCGAGGAGGAGAGCCCGGAUGGGGACAGGGACGGUGGCCUUGUCCUCCUGCAGGGCCCGAAGAGCGGCAGCACACGCAAGCAGGGCUGUGACCCCUUUGCCCAGACCCAGCGCAGCAAACUCCAGCACCGCCGGGCCCGGAUCAACCAACAGAUCAACAAGGAGAUGAGGAUGAGAGCGGGGGCAGAAAACCUCUUCCGGGCCACCAGCAACCACAAGGUGAAGGAAACGGUGGCUCUGGAGCUGAGCUACGUCAACUCCAACCUUCAGCUCCUGAAGGAAGAGCUGGAAGAGCUCAACAGCAGCAUGGAUGUGUAUCAGAAUGAGAGCGAAUCCAUCAGCGUUCCCAUGAUCCCUCUGGGACUCAAGGAGACCAAGGAGCUGGAUUUGCUGGUACCGCUCAAGGAUUUCAUCAGUGAACACUAUGGAGAGGAGGGUGUCCUGUAUGAAAAGGAAAUCAAGGAAUUCAUGGAGCUGCGACAGGCCAUGCGCACCCCGAGCCGCAACGAGGCCGGAUUGGAGCUCCUGAUGGAAUAUUACAACCAGCUCUACUUCCUUGACAGCCGGUUCUUCCCUCCCUCCAAAACCCUGGGCAUCUUCUUCCACUGGUACGACUCCCUGACGGGGGUCCCAUCCCACCAGAGGGCUCUGGCCUUCGAGAAGGGAAGUGUCCUCUUCAACCUGGGAGCGCUGCACACCCAGAUCGGAGCGCGGCAGGACCGCGCCUCCCUGCCCGGCCUCAACCUCGCCAUCGAUGCCUUCCAGAAGGCAGCUGGUGCCUUUAACUACUUGAAGGAAAACUUCUCCAAUGCUCCCAGCCUGGACAUGAGCACGGCCUCCCUGACCAUGCUGGUGAGGCUGAUGGUGGCCCAGGUCCAAGAGUGUGUCUUUGAGAAGAUGACCUUGCUGCGUGCCCAGAACGACUUCCUGGCCCGCCUGCAGCUGGCUCAGGAGGCAGCAAGGGUGGAAGAUGUUUAUUCCCUGGUGCACCAGACCAUGAGCCAGCCCCACGUCAAGGACUACGUUCCCUUCUCCUGGACCACCAUGGUCCAAGUCAAGUCGGAGCAUUUCAAAGCCCUCUCCCAUUAUUUCGCUGCCAUCGCCCUCUGUGAGUGCCCCGCUCCCUCGGAUGCCGAACUGCUGGAGCAGGAGAAGGCGUUCCUGCAAUUCCAUGUCACCAUGCCAGAGGGGCCAUCACUGCGUGUCCUGCUGCAGGAUCCCGAGGAGAGGAGGAAGCUGGGCAAAGCUCACCUCAAAAAAGCCAUCAUGAAGCACGAGGAGGCCAUGAGGAUCCAUGGAUUGUGCAAGAUCCUAAGGAAGAUGGAUAUCCUGCAGGAGGUCCUGUCCUUCGCCCACAAACGCUCCCUGAGCAAAUAUUCCGAGAUCGACCACGAGGAGGAUUUCUUUGAGACGGGAGAGGCUCCGGACAUCCAUCCCAAAACUCACCAGAAACCCGAAAUCAAAUCCCCCAACUUCUCCCAGGUGAAGGUGACCGACCUCUUCCACAGGCUGGGCCCCCUGUCCGUGUUCUCAGCCAAGAACAAGUGGUAUCCAGCUCGGAGAGUCCACCUGGUGAGAGGAGAGAACGGCUUUGGGUUCACCCUGCGAGGAGACUCCCCCGUCCUCAUUGCCGGGGUCAUCCCAGGGGGCUGCGCUGCUGAAGCUGGACUGAAGGAGGGGGACUACAUCAUCUCGGUGAAUGGCAAGGACUGCAAGUGGUCCAAGCACGCCGAGGUUGUCCAGCUCCUGAAGAGCACCGGGAAGGAGGGGGUGGACAUUGGAGUCAUCACCCUGCAGGGCUCGGAAUGUCCCAAAGCCGUAAGUCACAUCCCACAGGGAUGCGGAGCUCUUUCCUUGGAGCUCUCUGGGUGCUGCCCUGGCUUCACUCCCCUCUCCACCUUUCCCAAGCAGGUGGACAGGAAGGCAGCAGUGAUGUCCUCGGGGUCUGGGAUGCUGAAGAGCAACAAGGAGAACAGUAGGAAGAGCCUGAUGAACAGCAAGAGCGCCAGCACGCUGCUGGUGUGGAGCAAGAAGAGCAAGAAGAGCACCUACAGCGGUGUCCCCUUCACCGCCGUGGGGGACAACGAGGCCAUGUACUGACCGUGCUCCAUGGUGUCCCCUGAGCUCCAGGACUGGCUGCCUGCCCGGGAAGCUUCCCAAGCCUGGCUGGGCUGUGAGGACUCCCAGAGCCGGGAAUGCGCCGCUGGUCGGAUCCGCGCUGAGAGGUGAGCAAGGCACCUCCACCUCCCAGCUCCUGUGUCCAACGAUCCCCUCAAUCUGGGGGAAACUCGGGUUUAUUGUUAAUUUUGGGAUGAUUUUUUUUUUUGUUUUCAAGGGGGUUGGGGGGAGCUGUGCUAAAGCAGGGCCCGGUUUGUGUCUUCUGCUUGGCCAAAGCCAGCCCCAGCCAUUAAAGCAAAAGUGUCACCUUCUGUAGCAUCUCCUGGGCUUUCUCUGUGAGGUACAAGAUGGAGCUGCUCUCCAAGAGCUACUGGAGGAGUUGAAUCCUUCAGAUGAAUCCUCCCAGACUCCCAUUUUUUGGGAGAGGGGACAGCACAGCAUCGAUAUCUUAUGGUGAUCCCAUCACAGGGUCCAACCCAGGCAGUAUCUCCCAGGUGGGGCUAUCCCAACAAAGCAGGAUGGUUUGAUCAUUUUAGUGCUUCUGGGGUGGUUUUUUUUGGGGGGAAUGAACCCCCACCUUGACUCGGAAAAUCCAGCCCAGCUGCCCAGCCAGAUUCUUUGGAAGAAAAGAGAAGGACUUAACGUGCAGUUGUUGUCUGGCUUUUUUAAUCAGGAUACGUGGAUUGCCCUAAAUAUUGUGUGAGGAGAUUAAUAGCUAAGAGCCUUGGGGGGGGUUUAUUUUUCCUGGGAGGAGAUUAAAAUUCCAGGAAGAUAUCUCCUCCAGAUUAUUAAACUCCUAAAUUUGUGCUGCUGUUGGAUCUUGUACAUGUUGCUAAUUCCCUAACACUGCUGUCAGCAUUCCUGGGCUGGCCUGAUGGAUCCAGGCAUCUUGGUAAUUGUCCUGGAAACACUGGGAGACUCUGAAUCCACAAAACAGAUUGGCAAAAUGUCCUCCAUCCUGUUUCUGCCUGUUAUUUUUUCUGAGGGCUGAGGAGCUGUCUGGUCUUCAGUGCUUGGAUGAUCUUGGGAGGUAAAAAAUUCCCUUGGGACAGAUGAAAUUGUAUUUUUGUACUUUUCAAGGAAUUUUUAGGGGUGGUUUAAAGGAGCAAUGGGAUCUUGUGGCCACAGUGUCCCCUGGGAUUGUGACUUCUUCUAGUGGCUCCUUGUCCAUUUUCCAAGCUCUUAACCCUGAUUCUAUUUAAGGAAAACUUCCAGGAAAAAAAGCCAGGUUGAACGGGGUUGGAGCAACCUGGGAUGAUGGAAGUUGUCCCAUGGCAGGGGCUGGAACAGAAUGGGCUUUAAGAUCCCAUCCAAGCCAACCCAUCCUGGGAUUUUGUGAGCUCAGGGAGGAGGUUUUAGCUCUGCUGUUGUCCAAGAGGCCUCUCCAUAUCCUGAGGCAUCACCACACCGGAUUCCGGAUCCGCCUUCCAGCGCGGGGCCAUCUGUAGCAGCCGAGCUUCCCACGUCAUCUUCCCGGCUGCUCGGCGUGGGAGCGGGAAGGGAAGGAGGGGGUGGGGUCACAGAAAAGGCCACCUUGCCCUUAAAACAUCCCAGCAGCAUCUUCCCACCAUCCUAAAAACGUGGGAUGCCACGCGGACGUCUCCGAGCUGGAGAGGGAUUGAUUUAGGAGAAGCCGUCGCCUUCCGCCCGCAUCACCCAACCCCAGCGUUGGCAAAGGGGUUGAGUUUUGUGGGAUUGGGGUAAUUUCCCUAAUUCCAGGGUUUUAUGUUGGGCUUGGUUUGGGUUUUGAUUUUUUGUUGGUGUUUUUUUUUUUUUUUUAAUUUGUACAUGGAUUCUCACCUUUUAUGGAUUAAA